ACCCCCCCCUUCUCUUUCUCAAAUCAUACAUCACAGCAAACCGAGAGUAUGUCUGCAGACCAACAACUCGCCGUCUUUCUCGGGGACAAGAUCCUCGCGCAAGCGCACGUCUCUGACCUCACGCACGUCGAGGGAAACUGGUAUUUCCCCGACCACGCGCUUGUGGACAGGGGCCGAUACACCCAAAGCGAGACGACUACACACUGUCCUUGGAAAGGAGAUGCCGGUUAUUACAACUACAAAAGCGAUGAUGGGGAGAUCAAAGAUAUCGCAUGGUUCUAUCCGACUCCCAAGAAUGGUGCGGAGGAGGUAGAGGGGCGGGUGGCGUUUUAUAUCGGGAAGGUACCUGGUUUGAGGACUGGGGAUCCACCCGUCUAGUCUCCUUGACUGGAGAAAGAAUUGAAAGCUCGAGAUUAUGGAGGUUGAAAGUGAUAGUCGCGAGUUUACGCCUGUUGUUUAGGUGGAUGGACCCAAGAGGUUGUGUUUCAGUAUCUAAAGAGUCUUAAUGUCACAACAUAAAUAUUUGAGAAGAAGAAGUCUUCGAAUGAAGUUCGUG